UCGUACGCGUAUUUCACGCAAGAUACCGAAAUAAUAUUGCUGCCGGUAUCGAAUUCAACAAACGUAAAGGAGAUAUCAUUAACUCUGAAAGCUUUCGGACAAUUGAUUCAACUCAACCUACGUAGAAACGAUCUGAUUGUAUCGCCUACGUUUCCAGUAUGGAAAUAUAAUGCGAAAAUCACAAAACAAUUCUUGCAAUUAAAUGUAUCAAACCCUUGCUAUUAUUAUCAUGAAGAUGAUGUCAGCUCUGCGACCAUAAACUUUUGUGACGAACAUGGAUUGGAAGGACUUCUUUUUCUCAAAAACGACGCAUUGGAGAUUAGACCUUUGCGGAAUAGCUUUGCGCAUUUGAACUUAAUGGACGACAUUUGCAUUAAGGAACACGUUAAUUUUUCAUUCGGCAAACCUCAUCUUAUUAAAAGAUCAUUGCAACAUUUUGUUAAUUCAACUUUUUUAGGCAAUUCAGGCAAUUUAAAACAAAAACGACGUCAUGCACAAAAUACGGAACAAAAAUUAACUGUAAAGCUGGCCGUUUUCUUCGACAAAGCAGCAUACAAUACGUUCAUGCCUUUUCUGAAUAAUGAUACGGAAAAAUUACGCAAUGUGAUAUUAGUGUACGUGAAUCGUAUCCAAGCUGCGUUCCAUCAUGCAAGUUUGGGUGUUCGUGUUGAUAUUUCGUUUAUAUAUUUACAAAUUAUGGACAAACAACCGAAAAAUUUGAAACUUUUUAAUGGCAACGGUGAUCUACUGCACACUUCGUUCUGCGAAUACGCAAAUACUUACAAUUUUCCGAUAGGCAACAAGGAUCACUGGGACAUUAGUCUUUACCUAACCGGAAUAAAUAUAUAUUUAGAGCGUCACUAUAAAAAAUUGUAUUCUACCAUGGGAUAUUCUUUUUUUAGUGACGCGUGUUUACAACCCAAGUAUAAUAUCACGCCUUCUUCGUGCGCCAUAGUAGAAUUCGGUGCUACAGAUGGAGACGUAACCGCAGGUUUUACAUCGGCUCUAAUUGCUGCUCAUGAGAUCGGCUAUCUUUUAGGAAUUGGUCAUGAUUUAGACUCUAUCGAUUCGAAAACGUGUCCGAGAGGCAAAUACAUAAUGUCAGAUAUUAAAUUUUAUCGGGGCCAGGCAACAUGGUCCAAAUGUAGUAGGAAAUACAUUACUGAAAAAUGGGAAACAGAUAAUUGUUUCGAUUAUAUGAAAUCAGACGAUAUUGAAAACCGAUCUGCAUUGGAUCAUUACUUUGAUUUACCCGGAAGAGAAUGGACCGCCAAAGCACAAUGUGAACUAUUUUUACGUGACAUGGAUGCAAACGUAGUCACGUUGCAUGAUACUUGUCAAGUCUUACAAUGCGAAACGCCUCACAAGAAUAAUUAUUUCUUCGCGGGACCAGCGCUGGAUGGAACUCAUUGCGCACUUGGGAAAGAAUGUCACGGCGGAGAAUGCGUGCCUGUUAUCGAACCACCAUAUAUUUUUAAUUAUUGUGAAGAAAUUGAAAAUAACUGGAGUGAAUGGAAAGAAGACUCCUGUAAAAGCAGUUGCUUGCCAAAAUCCAAAGGCGUGAUAAUCAAACGACGUUCUUGCAAACGUCAAACAUACAAAACGUCGAAUUGUGACGGGCCAUAUUACGACGUGGUUCUGUGCAAUGACUCCAUAUUAUGCACUAGACGCAAAACAAUUAACGAAUAUACUACCAUGCAAUGCACCGAGUUCAGUUUAAUGAUAGAGGGAUACACAGAAGAUAUAAAUUACACAGUAGAAAGAUUGAAGUACAAACCGGGAAAAGGAUCAGGAGGGCAGUUUCCUCACCUUAUCCAGAAACCGUGGAGAGCCUGUACCGUAUACUGUCGAGAAAAAGGCGAUGGAUUUAAUUACUACUCGCCACACUUGGAUAUGCUCGACUUAGGUAUCGACCCAUACUUUCCAGAUGGAACGUGGUGUCACGACAAGGAUGGUCAGGAUUAUUACUGCCGUCAGCAUUAUUGUCUGCCGGAAAACUAUUCAAUUGAAGAAUAAUUAUCGAGAGCUCCUCCACCUGUGUGGACAAAGAUUUAACAGAAAAUUGCAAAACGCGUAUAAGUUAAUAUAAAACAGUUUACAAUUUGUUUAGUAUGAAACCUAGGAACCGUUGAAUUAUCAUUGUUACUUUUUAUUUUAAACAGCAAAUUUAUUUUUUGAUCGUAAAAGGCAAAUUUAUUCAUGAAAAAAUAUGUACAAUUAUCGACAUAAAAAACAAUUUCUGUCCAAAAUCCAGAUAACUGUUAGUAAUUGCAAAAAAAAAAUAGUUAUUCAUUGACAUGGAACUAAAAAAAAGAAGGUUAAGUCAGUGCUCGGAAUUAACUGAACAUCUGAAUUGAUUUUCGUCAUUGGUACCUUUUUAUCUUUUU